AAGGUGCUUCAGAGACAGUUGUUAGGGAUACUGCAUGUAGAUUUUGACCAUUGGCUUGUUUUUGUAAUUCAUUGGUAUUACACUCCUGCUAGUUUCCCCAUACCAUAACUAUCCAUCUGCAACAAAUACAGAAAUGGCAGCACCUCAAAAAUCUGCCAUUUAUGCUUGGAAGUUUAUAGAUGGGCACUGAGUCAACACAAUCAAAUAUUUAUUGAAUGACCACCUGUCAAAAAAAUCAGAUUUCAUACUGUAUAUUUUAUAUGUACAUUAAACUAUAUAUGCAUAAGGUAAGGACUCCUUAAAGUUAGACUUCAUGCUUGGUGAAUACAAAGGCAUAUUUCAUGUUGUUUUCUUGAUGACUAUUCAGAAAACAUUUGCAAUGGUCUUCUAGUUGUAAUUUUAUUCUUUCCCAGUCUAUCCUUAAACCUCUGGAUUUCCUGAUGGUCUCUCAUCCAAAUAGUAAUCCCCCAAGACUUUAUUUAGGUUUUUUUUAGAUCAGCCAACCCAUUGUUCGUGUUGGGCCAGAUUUGCGGAAAACAAGAAGUAAAUGCCAAGUUUUGGCAAAACUCUCAUAAAAAGUAGUCACGUAACUAUAGGAUGAUGUAAAUGGCUGUAAAGAUCAGAGUGUUGAGGAGCACCUGAAUUGUGGUCAUGUGACCACAGAAUUUGGAACUUUGAGUCAUAAAUAUCCCCAGGCAGGUCCACUAGAACUUCAAAUGGUUGCUAAGUAACCAGUCGUAAGUUGAGGAUUAUGGUACUUGUAUGGUUAUACUAGAUCUUCUGAUUUGUUUGUCACUGCAGUCUUACUUUUGGAAACUGAACUCUGCAUUUCCACCUUGCAACCAUCCACCAAAGAAGCCCUGUUUAGACAUGGCAUCCACAGCAACAUACAGUUCUCUGCUGUCCCUGCUCUAUCUGGCGUUGCUAACAUUUGUGGGCAGUGCUGUGCUCCUUGCUGAGAUGCAUCACCAGAGCUUUCCAAGCCUCACUGUACAUGCUUUUCUGGCAUUGCUCAUGAAUUCUUCCUGUCUCUGGAUGCUCUGGUUUGGCUGGCACUCCAUUAACAACAAGAAGCUGAAAAUGCACCAGAAUCCCCAAGCAGGAGUAACCUGGCUCAAAGGUAGUCUGUCCCUCUUUGCGUUAGCCACAUUGGUUUUGGAUUGCCUCUUCAUGGGCUAUUAUCAUGAACUGCAGCACUGUAUUCCUGUGCUAAUCACUGUUUUCCCUGUUAUGCAAGCUGUAUUUUCCAUCACACAGGUGUCUUUGCUAUUAUUUAAUGCUAAAGUUUGUAUCCAGGCUCACCUACCUUUGAACAGGUUUGGAUUGAUGCACACACUGGCCACCAAUGUGCUCCUAUGGAUGAGUGUGGUGCUGGAUGAAUCCAUGAAACAGCUUGAGGAAUUUUAUGAUGCUCACAAGGGAGCAAGUACCCAGGCUGCCUAUGGUGGUUCCUACACCAACAGCUGCAGCUGUACAACCAGUCUUUGCCACAACUUCUCAGAAGGUGCUGCCUAUCUACAUCCCUUCAAUAUUGAGUUCAGUCUCCUCUCUUCUGCAAUGCUGUACAUCAUUUGGAAAACCACUGGGGGGGAGGUCUUUCCCCAGAAAUCCCAUGUCACUCAUAAGGUACAUUUUCACCUGAGUGGGACAUUCACUGGACUGGUAUUAGAGGCCUUAACCAUUUCAGCAACCAUUGGGGUGAUGAUCUCAUUUGGAGUACUUGCCAAGUCUCCUGAAACGAUUUCCAGAGCUCUGUAUACAUACUACAUUUUCAACUCUGUGUUGUUAUUUGCCAUGUUUUUGGCAACUUUGAUGGGCAUUGUUACCUAUUGGAUGAAGAAAAAAUCUGCUACUGGAUAUUCUAAGAGUGCGGUAAGAAGCUUAGAUGUAACCUUGCUUUUGGGAAGCUCUUGUGGACCUCUUAUGAUAUCAAUCUUUUUGGUUGCCAUAUUUUUCCUUUAUGCCAAUGGCUAUCUCCAUCUUACGGAUUUCUGCUUCUCCUUCUGCAAGACUAUCCAGAUCUUAGGUCAGAAUCUGUUUAUUACUGAAGCCUUGUACUCUAGUCUGUCUCAUGAACCAAAUGCACAAGAUAACACUGGCUGUAUUAGUAAUAGCUGGGUCUUUUCCAUUUCUGGAGAUCCCCAACAGGACAUUAAUGAACCUUUCUCGAAAGCCCUCUUCCUAACUAACUUCAUGUGCAGUUUGGAGAAUCAGUCAUCGAGAAACCUACCAGAUUAUGGAAGUGAUCAGUCUCUCUUCCAGAGUUCACACAUCAAAGGAGAACAGAGGGGAACAAGUACCAGGAGGAAGAGUCUACAAAAUAUUUCAAUUCUCCUUCUCCUCCUUCUCUUUUAUAACAUAUCGAUGUGGAUUCUGUAUACCUAUGGAACACGCCCAUACCUUGUGAGCCAGAUUGAACAGUCUUUCUAUGGCUUUACUCUCUGGGCCAUUGUGGUCAAUAUUUCCCUGCCAUUGAGCAUAUUUUAUCGCAUGCAUUCAGUGGCCAGUCUUUUUGAAGUCUACUGCAAGACCUGCUGA